CAGAAGUAUGAGAUUAAAGUCAGAAGUAUGGGUACCUGUAAAGGUCCCAUGUGAGAGAAUCACUUGCAUGAUGUAAAUUAGCCCGGGAACCACACACUGACCGAAGAUGUCGGAUUUAAGUGAGUUUUUGCGUGUUGGAGGGGUCCCAGAUGAAGCCAUUUCAUUACUGGAAGAACAAAAGAUUGACAGCAACGUUGUCGCGCUGAUGGAUGAUGCAGCGCUGGCAAAUUACAUCCCCUCCUAUGGAGACCGAAUUGCCCUCUUCAAUUUCUGCAAAAGUAAAAAGCCCAUCUCAAAGCGAAAACAAGGACUUUUGGAAAAACUUUGUGAGAAAAUGAAAGUCAGAAAGGAAGGCACCAAGGAAAACGUAUCAGAUGCAGACACAAGAUCAACACAGACAAAGAAGCUUAAAACAACCCGAAAUGUAGAGAUAGGAUGGAUUCACAGUGAUGGUAAUGUAGCCAGACAGGUGAGGGCAAAGCAGGGAGGUGGCACCAGAAAAGUUAAAUUGGCAAUUAAUGCUGGAUUAAAAGACAUCCUUCAAGAAGGAAAGAAACUUUUCUUUCCUGAUGGAAUAUCUCCUAAAGGAUCAGAAUCAGAUUUCGAGUUUGAGGUGUGGGACUUCAAACAGAACCGCCUCACUGAUGACACCUGCCUGUCCAUUGGCACUAUGUAUGAGACGUCAAGGCUGACAAUGUUACGCUUUUACAUUGCAACAAAGCAAAAAGAACUUGAUGAUACCAGCGAGACAUCUGAAGUGAUUCUUGUCUCAGCACACAGUGGAAAUGAAAUCAAUACAGCAGAUCUACAAGUAGAAUAUGUCAUGGGCGAUUUUGAUGGAGUCCAGCGUUCUCUAGAUAUGUCUGUUGACUCAAUUACCUUUGGUCCCCUCUACAGUGUUGAAGAAGACACAGAUGACACUUUGAUCUAUGAGGGUUUUUUUACACCCCCCAGUCCAGCUCAUCCAGAAGAAGUGAUAACAAUCACCAUACAUCAUGCUAACACUUUACAUGACGUGAUUACAGCUUUCUCUGAUGCAGAGAUUUUGAACAAAGCACUGAAUGUGAGACGCAUACUUCCAGACAACAAAGAAGAAGCAGGAAGUGGAUCUGGGGUCCUGAGAGAUGUUCUCAGCUGUUUCUGGCAUGAAUUCUACGAUCGAUGCACACUUGGUACAACAGUUAAAGUGCCCUUCAUUUGCCAUGAUUUCCCUGCUGAAACAUGGAAGGCAAUUGGCAGAAUCCUUUUGAAAGGUUGCCAAGAUUGUCAGUAUUUGCCAAACAAACUGGCACUCCCCUUCCUUGAACAGGUGCUUUUCAACAGUGUGUACAGUGAUCUUAAAGCACAUUUUCUGCAGUUUGUGAGCAGCCAAGAACGUGAGGUUCUGAUGGAAGCAAUGACUGAUUUCUCUGCAGUUGACUCUGAUGAUCUUGUGGAAGUUCUUGACGGCUAUGGCUGUAGAAGGAAAAUCACAGCGGAGACUAGAGAGAAUACCCUACCAGAAAUCCAGAGGUCUUCACACUAG